UAUUAAAGUAUAUGUCAGAAAGCGGAAGUUACCUACAAAUGUCAACUAGCUGACAGCUUUCUUUUCGUUCUAAAUUUUUUAAACGAAAGUUGUGUUUUUUCUUGUGCUGUACGCGUUUCGUGUCAAAACUAAGGCUUAAAAAUGCGUUACGUGGCUGCAUACAUGUUGGCUGUUCUCGGCGGUUUGGAAGCCCCCAAAAAUGCUGAUAUCGAAAAGAUCCUCAGCUCUGUUGGUAUUGAAGCUGACAGCGAACGUUUGACCAAAGUUGUCAGCGAAUUGACUGGCAAGUCCAUCGAAGAAUUGAUCGCCUCCGGUCGCGACAAAUUGUCUUCCAUGCCCGUCGGUGGUGCUGCUGCCGCUGCUGCUGCUCCCGCCGCUGGUGGUGAAGCCGCUGGCAAGAAGGAAGAAGCCAAGAAAGAAGAAAAGAAGAAGGAAGAAUCCGAAUCUGAAGAUGACGAUAUGGGUUUCGGUCUUUUCGAUUAAACAUCUUGAAAUCGCCACCAUUAACAUCCACCACAACUUGGUCUGCAACGUGCAAAAGCUUGUCAAAAGCCUCUUCAACCAAACAGCUUGGUUUUCUACCCCAGCUCAUUCCUUACCCAACCAGCCUUCAUUACAGCCGGUUUAAAACAAUUUGACGAUUUUCUUUUUGCCAAAGAAUUUAAGAUAAUUGUUUAAAUUUUAAACCUGUACAAAAUUUUGUAUUUUAAAAAAAAAUGAGAGUUUUAUUUCUGUGAAAUAAAACUGUAGAAUAAAUUGCAAGUUUUUACACGUUAAAGAAAAAAA